AUGGAGGAGAGCAGCAGUUCGCCGUUGCUGGAGAAGAAGUACCAUCCGGGGUGCCCGGGCUGCGCUUACGACCAGAAGAAGGACCUCCAGGAGGGGAUGCCAUACAAGGAGUUCUUGUACGUCUGGAUCAUCUGCCUUUCUACUGGCGCUUCAUUUAUGCUUGGUAGAUGCUUGACUUCAACUGUUUGGGGAAUAGCAGCAGAUCGUAUUGGGAGAAAGCCAGUAGUCAUGGUUGGCAUUUUGUCUGUGGUCAUAUUUAAUACCUUGUUUGGGCUUAGUACUAGUUACUGGAUGGCAAUAGCUACAAGAUUUCUCCUUGGUGCAUUAAAUGGUUUGCUUGGGCCAAUUAAAGCAUAUGCUAUUGAAAUUUGCCGACCUGAACAUGAAGCUCUGGGACUAUCACUUGUCAGCACCGCUUGGGGGAUAGGUCUGAUCAUUGGACCUGCUCUUGGAGGCUACCUCGCACUGCCUGCAGAAAAAUUUCCAGACAUCUUUUCACCAGACUCAUUCUUUGGAAGGUUCCCGUAUUUCUUACCCUGCUUGUGCACAUCACUCUUUGCUAGUGUUGUUCUUGCAAGCUGUAUAUGGAUGCCGGAGACACUACACAAGCAUAAAGUUCAUGAAAAUGAAAAUAAAAUAGUUGAAGCUUUGGAGGCCCAUCUGAUUGACUGCAAAGAGAAGGUUGAAAAAAUUUCUAGCUUGGAUAACAAGAAGAGUUUGUUCAAGAAUUGGCCAUUGCUGUCAUCCAUAAUUAUGUAUUGUGUCUUCUCCUUUCAUGAUAUGGCUUAUACAGAGGUGUUCUCUUUAUGGGCUGAAAGUGACAAGAAGUAUGGUGGCCUUAGCUUAUCAUCUCAGGAUGUAGGUCAAGUGCUUUCAAUAACAGGUGUCAGUCUUAUUAUAUAUCAACUCUCUGUAUAUCCUUGGAUUAAUAAAAUUCUUGGACCUAUCAAGUCUUCUCGAAUUGCAGCUAUUCUGUGCAUACCUCUUCUCUUCGCAUAUCCCUAUAUGACAUAUCUCUCAGGAACUGGACUAUUGAUCAUUUUGAAUAUUGCAUCAGUAUUAAAAAAUAAUCUUGGUAUUACUAUCGUCACAAGCACUUUCAUCCUUCAAAAUAAUGCUGUGCCUCAAGAUCAAAGAGGAGCUGCAAAUGGACUGUCCAUGACAGUAAUGUCCUUAUUCAAGGCAGUCGCUCCUGCUGGGGCUGGCAUUGUGUUUUCCUGGGCACAGAGACGCCAGCAGGCUUUCUUCUUUCCAGGUGAUCAGAUGGUGUUCUUUCUCCUGAGCGUCGUCGAGUUUCUUGGACUUGUGCUCACAUUCAAGCCCUUUAUGGCAAUGCCAGAGAAGCAAUAUGAUAGGAAUUAG